CUUCCUGUUGUUGACAGUAUGGAGGGGCUGAGUCUUUCUAAGUAGCUGCCGGUUGAAUUUGGAGAUAAAAUAAUGAAAGAACGAGCUGGUUUGUUGUUUUUAAACCUUCUGAACAGAUAAACUGAGGACAGCUGCUCGUUAGCAGGACGCUAACAUGCUGUGUUGGGGAAACGCUUCGUAUGGUCAGCUCGGCUUGGGGGGCAUCGAUGAGGAGAUCGUCGUCGAGCCUCGAAGGUGUGAAUUCUUCCACGGAAAGUACGUGCGUGAUGUUGGGUGCGGCCACAGACACACAGCCUUCCUAUUGGAGGAUGGGACAGUUUACACCUGCGGCUGCAACGACUUGGGACAGCUGGGACACGACAAGACCAGAAAGAAACCGGAACAGGUGGUGGCUCUGGACGCUCAAAUCAUCACGGUGUUGGCGUGCGGACAGUCGCACACGCUCGCUGUGAACGACAAAGGUCAGGUGUUCUCGUGGGGUUCGGGCUCAGAUGGACAGGUGGGCCUGAAUAACUUUGAUGAAUGUGUUCGCGUGCCUCGGAACAUAAGGAGUCUGUCAGACGUCCAGAUCGUUCAGGUAGCCUGCGGGUUCUGGCACUCUCUGGCUCUGUCGAGAGGGGGUCAGGUGUUCUCAUGGGGUCAGAACCGGUUCGGGCAGCUCGGUUUGGGGUUAAAUGGUCAAAGUAUUUCGACGCCUCAGGUCAUUCAGUCUCUGCACGGCGUUCCUUUCGCUCAGAUAUCAGCAGGGGGUGCUCACAGCUUCGCCCUCACUCUGUCGGGGGCCGUGUUCGGGUGGGGGCGCAACAAGUUUGGUCAGCUCGGACUCAACGAUACAAACGAUCGGUGUUUUCCGAUUCUGUUGAAGUCGCUCCGCUCUCAGAGAGUAAUCUACAUCUCAUGUGGUGAGGAUCACACAGCGGCGCUCACUAAGGAAGGAGGCGUGUUUACAUUCGGAGCGGGAGGAUACGGGCAGCUCGGACAUAACUCCACCAACCAUGAGAUCAACCCCAGGAAGGUGUUUGAGCUGAUGGGAAACAUGGUCACACAGAUUUCAUGUGGAAGGCAGCACACCUUGUCGUUCACGCCGUCUUUGGGGAAGAUGGACUCGUUUGGACUCGGGGGGAAUGGGCAGCUUGGCACUCGCUCUACCAGCAACAGAAAAAGCCCCGCCCCCGUCAAAGGACCCUGGGUGUCCUCAUCUGCUUUUAUGGAAUCAGACUCGGGGUCGGGGUUCUGCGUGACAAAGAUUUACGCUGGAGGAGAUCAAAGCUUCGCUCAUUAUCGCCAAGGCAACAACUUUGAAGACGUGACGAUGAAAAAUCCAAACGGGAACAUUUGCUGCUUGAAUGAAGAAAUAAUUCAAAGAUGGCUGAACGUGUCAUCGGGCCGACUUCCUGCAGAAGUUGCAAAUCAGAUCGACCUCGUGUUCUCGUCGGCUAGCUGUCUGAACGGAUCUUUUUUAUCAUUCAGUCAUCCCGAUCACUUCAGUACCAGCAGGAAGUGUUCCGGUGUGGACAUGAACACAGCUCGCCUCCUGUUUCACAGAUUGAUAACACCUGAGCAUCCAGAGAUCACUCAGCAGAUAGCUGCCAGUCUGGAGAAGAACCUGAUUCCCAGACUGAGCACUUCUCCUCCAGACAUCGAAGCUCUGAGACUUUUCCUCACGCUGCCUGAAUGUCCUCUCUUCAGCGACCGUAAAAAUUAUGUCACCAUCACCAUCCCCUUCGCCAAAUCGCUGCUGUGCCUGAAAGACGCUCCGCUAAAGGUGCUCGGUCACUGGUGGUCCACGUUGGAGCCCCCCGUCUUCCAGCGCCUCGUGGCGUUGUAUAAGGAGGUGGUGGUUUAUCUGCUGCAGAUGCACAGAGUCGGGAUUCCUUCAGCAGAGCAGAGAAUCUUCACCUGUUUCCUCGACACGUCGCUGCGCCUGCUCCAGAUUCUGCACUCUGUGAACGAGCGAGAGGCGCACAUCAUCCAGUACGAUAAAUUUUACAUCCACGAGUUGGACGAGCUGAUGGACAUCAGAAACGACUACGUCAGGUGGAUUCAGAGACAAAUGUAUCCCAUGGAUCAGGACGGCGGGGUGACUCUGUGCAGGUUUCCGUUUGUGUUUGAUGCUCAGGCCAAGACGACGCUGCUGCAGACGGAUGCAGUCAUCCAAAUGCAGAUGGCGGUGGAUCAGGCUCAGAUGCAGAACUUCAGCUCCAUGUUCAUGCCAGCCGUCGAGUCGGUGAAUCCGUGUCUCAUCCUGAUCGUCCGGCGGGAGGACAUUGUGGGAGACACCAUGGAGGUCCUCAGGAAGUCCAAGAACGUGGACUACAAAAAACCACUGAAGGUGAUAUUUGUGGGGGAGGAGGCGGUCGAUGCAGGUGGGGUGAGGAAAGAGUUUUUUCUGCUGAUCAUGAAGGAGCUGCUGGAUCCUAAAUAUGGAAUGUUUCGUUACCAUGACGACUCAAGGCUCAUCUGGUUUUCAAACAAGACGUUUGAGGACAUCGACCUCUUUCAUCUGAUUGGGGUCAUCUGCGGUCUGGCCAUCUAUAAUUUCACUAUCGUGGAGCUGAACUUUCCGGUGGCCCUUUACAAGAAGCUGCUGAAGAAGAAGCCCACACUGGAUGACCUGAAAGAGUUGCAGCCCGCCGUGGGAAGGAGUCUGCAGCAGCUGUUGGACUACCCAGAGGACGACCUGGAGGAGACCUUCUGCCUGAACUUCACCAUCACAGAAGAUAACUACGGAGCCACCGAGGUGUUGGAACUCGUUCCAAACGGUGAAAACAUCAACGUGAAUAAAUCCAACAGGCAAGACUUUGUUGAUGCGUACAUCGACUACAUGUUCAACACUUCGGUUGCUCCGCUGUUUGAAUGUUUCUACGCCGGUUUCCAUAAAGUCUGCGGCGGGAAAGUUCUUGAACUUUUCCAUCCAAAUGAACUGCAGGCCAUGGUGAUCGGAAACACCAACUACGACUGGACGGAGCUCCAAAAGAGCACGGAGUACAAAGGCGAGUACUGGGCCGACCAUCCCACCAUCAGACUCUUCUGGGACGUCUUCCAUGACCUUCCUUUAGAGAAGAAGAAACAGUUUCUGUUGUUUCUCACAGGAAGUGACCGCAUUCCCAUCCUGGGCAUGAAGAGCCUGAAGCUUGUGAUCCAGCCCACAGGUGGAGGGCAGCAGUACUUACCUGUCGCUCACACCUGCUUCAACCUGCUUGACCUGCCAAAGUACACGAGCGCUCAAACUCUGAGAGAGAAACUUUUACACGCCAUAGAUCACAACCAGGGCUUCAAUCUGGCCUGAGCUUCAGACGAGGAGACGCCACACAAGGAGACGCUACACGAGGAGACGCCAGACUCAUGACGUCAUAUUUGGACACGACUAGCUGAAGAUGAUGUGUUGGACUGAUGGCGAGGAGUCAAACUGUCUCUGAUGUUGAUUUCAAACGUUCUGAUAUCUCAGUAUUUUAGAUUACAAUCAUUCCUGGUUACCGUAA